GUACGAGAGCUAAGAGAAAAGUUAGAAGUCUCACGAAGUUCUAUGCAGGCUGAUAUGAAUAAAGGAAAAGUGAUAAAAGCUUUGAUGAAACAGAAACGACAAGGAGAAAUUCCUGGUAUUUAUGGUCGUUUGGGUGAUUUAGGUGGUAUAGAUAAACAAUAUGAUGUUGCUAUAUCAACAGCUUGUGGUGCGUUAGAUAAUAUUGUUGUAGAUACAAUAAAUACUGCCCAGAAAUGUGUCAACUAUCUAAAACAAGCUGAUGUUGGUGUCGCCACCUUCAUAGCUCUUGACAAGAUGGCACGAUUUAAAGAACAGGCCGCUAGAAAAAUACAAACUCCAGAAAAUGUAGCACGAUUAUUUGACCUAGUUAAUGUGAAUGAUGAAGCUGUUCUACCAGCGUUUUAUUAUGCUCUACGUGAUACACUAGUAGCUAAAGAUCUAGAUCAAGCUACGAAGAUAUCUUACGGUAAAACACGAUACAGAGUCGUUACUUUACAAGGACAGGUUAUAGAUAUUGCAGGUACUCUAUCAGGGGGAGGUAAUCAGGUCUGUAAAGGUCGAAUGGGGUCAGCUGCCGUAGCAGAUAUAGAUCCUAGACAACUUGUAGAAAUUGAAAAAUCUCUAGAAAAGACAUUACAAAUCAAGCAAUACACUCUCGUCUUUUUAACCUUGAUUCAAAAACUACAGGCGACUGUACAGACUGAAGAAUUCCGAGAGAACCGAGAUAGAUUAGAAGAAAUGAUACGACCUGUAACAGAGGAAGUUGUCAGAUGA